AUGCUACAUUGGGACAAGGACAGUGUCCAGCGCAAGCACAGCAACAGAACUGAAAGUACGAAAAGCUUUAAAACAGCAAGGGUGAAAGUCCUGGACUUGAGAAAUGUGCACCAGAAUUUCUGGAAUGUAUGGACUGGAGGAAAGCAUGGGAUCCACUCAGCAGAGACUGGGAGUGAGAAGCAAGUUGCAAAGCGCAUUCAUAGAUAUGCGCUGAGGUGGCGAAUGAAAGUGGUCACUGACCUGAGCCUCUCCUUCCCUCUGACAGAAUACCAAACAUGCUUGCUACAAUGGGCCCAGAAUAGAAAAGACUCUUUGAGGCUAAGCUGUCUGAAGAUGAAGAUUUGUGCCUUGCCAGUGAAGACUAUCAGGGAGAUCUUGAACAUUUUUCACCCAAACUAUAUUGAGGAAUUGGAAAUACACACAGACCAGGUCCUAUCCUUUCUAGGUAGCUUUGCACCUUGCCUUGGCCAGAUGAGAAACCUUAUCAAAUUCCGUCUAAGACAAACACGCUCGAUCUCAGGUAGUGGUGGGCUUAGAUUUGCAGAGGUAAAGAAGUGUACUGCCAAAUUCCUUUCUCACUUCUCCAAACUCAACUGUCUCCAGCAUCUCUCCAUGCAUGGUGACUUUUCCAGUGGCCACAUGAAACAGUUGUUCAGAUGCCUGAAGAUUCCCUUGGAGUCCUUGUCUAUGAUUGCCUGCCAACUCUCAAAGGGAAAGUACGGGGUAGUCUCUGAUUGCCUGGACCUCAAUCAGCUCACACACCUGAACCUCAGUGGAGUGGUAGUAUCUCCGUUAAGUACUGGGCCCCUCCAUGUUCUUCUGAAGAGAGUUACAGCCACUCUGAAGACCCUGGAGUUAGAAGGCUGUAGGAUGAAAGUCUCCCAGGUCAGUGCUCUUCUGCCUGCCCUGAGUCAGUGUACCCAGCUCACCAAGACCAGUUUCUAUGACAAUGAGAGCUCCAUGGCUGUCCUUCAGGACAUUUUGCACCACACAAGAAAUCUAAGUUAG